AUGGCAGGUAACGAUAGAAAGCAAUCUGGUGUUGCGCGUUUGCUGGGAUCCGCGUCAGCGGGCAUCUUGGAGAUUGGAGUGUUCCAUCCGGUCGACACUAUCUCGAAGAGAUUGAUGUCCAACCACACCAAAAUCACGUCGGCUGUGGAAUUGAACCGUGUGAUCUUCCGCGAGCACAGCGCGGAACCGCUAGGUAAGCGUUUGAUGACGUUGUUCCCAGGCUUGGGUUACGCCGCAGUGUACAAGGUUCUGCAGAGAGUGUACAAGUACGGUGGCCAGCCAUUCGCCAACGAGUUCCUGAACAAGCACUACAAGGCCGAUUUCGACAAUGCGUUCGGCGAGAAGACCGGUAAGGCGUUGAGAUCUGCGACCGCUGGUUCUCUGAUCGGCAUCGGUGAAAUCGUGCUGCUACCGUUGGACGUCUUGAAGAUCAAGAGACAGACGAACCCUGAGUCUUUCCGGGGCAGAGGCUUCGUCAGGAUCCUGAGAGACGAGGGGCUUUUCAACCUCUACAGGGGCUGGGGUUGGACUGCCGCCCGGAACGCCCCAGGCUCGUUCGCCCUGUUCGGCGGUAACGCGUUCGCCAAGGAGUACAUUCUCGGGUUGAAGGACUACAGCCAGGCCACCUGGGGCCAGAACUUCAUCUCCUCGAUCGUCGGCGCCUCGGCGUCUCUGAUUGUUUCUGCGCCGCUGGACGUCAUCAAGACUAGAAUUCAGAACAAGAACUUCGACAACCCGCAAAGCGGAUUCAACAUCGUCAAGACCACGCUCCAGAACGAAGGCAUAACUGCUUUUUUCAAGGGCUUGACCCCCAAGUUGCUAACCACAGGUCCAAAAUUGGUGUUUUCCUUCGCCUUGGCGCAGUCGUUCAUCCCAAUGUUCGACAAACUGCUACAGAAAUGA